AUGCUCUUACAGAUUCGAUAUCCUUUGCUUCAAUCCAUACGAAGAUUGUCUUCGAACAAAAAUCAAGCUAUUCAUAGGAUUAUCUAUUCGUCUUCGACAAAUAUCUGGUUCAACUUAGCAACUGAAGAAUGGCUGUCGAAAACGAUCAAACCGAAUGAACACAUUCUAUUUCUCUGGCAAAAUGAUAAAUGCGUUAUCAUUGGACGAAAUCAAAAUCCUUGGAAAGAAUGCUUUUUGGAACGAAUGGAAAGUGAUGGAGUGCUGCUUGCACGACGAAGAUCUGGUGGUGGUGCUGUGUACCAAGAUCUUGGCAAUACGUGCUUUACUUUCCUUAUUUCUCAAGCAAAUCACAAACUUGAUAAAAAUUUGAAUUCAAAAAUUUUGCUCGAUGCUCUGCGUUCUGAGUUCAAUAUCGAAGCACGUGCAGAGGGACGGAAUGAUCUUGUGUAUGGUCCACAAAAACGAAAAUUCUCCGGUUCAGCCUAUCAAAAUACACAACAAUUUGCUCUGCAUCAUGGUACAUUAAUAACCAAUGUUGAUACCAUGGCCAUGAAGAAAUAUUUGAAUCCUAAUAAAGAAAAACUCAUAUCUAAAGGUGUUGAUUCUGUCCAAGCACGUGUUAUUAACUUAUGCGAAGUCAAUUCAUCGAUUAAUCAUAAAGAUCUCUGUUCAGCGAUUGAGAAAUCUUAUCGGCAAACUUAUUCAAACGACUCCAUACCACCAGCAAAAGCUCUAUCAAGAGAAGUACUUGAUUCGAUUCCGGAACUGCAUGCUGCCUAUAAACUAUACAGUGAUCCUCAGUGGCGGUUUGGACAAACAUUUUCGUUCACUCAUGAAUACGAACGACGCUUUCCAUGGGGCACGAUAUCGAUUGGAAUUGUUUCCGAACGUGAUGGAAUUAUUCAUACAUGCGAAAUCUAUUCGGAUUCGUUGUAUGUUAAUAUGAUCAAUCGCUUGAAAGAAAACUUUAUUGGACAGAUUUAUACUGGUGAAAGUAUUCGGCAAGUGUGCCAACGAACACGAGAUCAAGUAGAAACUGAACAAGAAAAAUCGAUGAUUGAUGAUGUUCAAGCAUGGGUGUUGACUCAGAUUUAA